AUGGCCUUUAGCUUCAGGUUUUUGUUAUGCCUCUUCUUGCUUUCGGACAUCAUUUUAAUCUCUCAAACUCGCCCUCUUGAUAGCGAUGCGACAUUUUUGAAGAGCCUGGAAGAAGUUUCCAGGACGAGUUUGCAGAAACAGAAGAUCAUCGAAAGGCAUUUUGAGUCCAAACGAUAUUUGAACGAUAGGGGUCGUGUGUUGAUGGAGAAGGCCAUGGAAAUGUUCAAAGAAAGUGUAAAAAGACAAGAGCUUCUCGGCAGGUUUUUUGAUUCCAAGAGAGUGAGUCCUGGAGGCCCUGAUCCUCAUCACCAUUAA